UUUAAAACAGGAUUUUGCUUCCUCGCAUCUCAGAAAAUGGGCUCACCACCCAGGUUCCCUUCCCGUCUGCUGGCUCUCUUGGUGGCCCCCACGUCCUUGCCCGGAUGUGGUGGCGCCCAGGCUAGGUGCUGCGAGGUCCGCUCGCACGUGGCUGGGUAGACUGCUGGCAGUAAACCAGGUGGACCUGCGGGUGCCCGCUCCUAACCCAACGCCCCCAGCCCGCAGCCCUGGCUCCGCCCCGGCUUGCUGCUCAGCGCGCAUUGGUGCCGCUGGCUGUCAGUCCCUGCGCUCUGGGGAGGGGGCGCCGCCAGGCUGCGGUCCUUCUGCAGAGGGCUGCUCGCCUAGGGCGCGAUCGUGGCUCCCCGGCUGCCUGGGCGCCGAGCCCCGCCAGCGCCCCCCUUCCCUACUGGGCAGCAAGGACCCCCAACCAAGGAUCCCAGCACCCUCGGUUGAUCUUUAAAUAAAACAAGCCUCUCAAGUAAAGGGCUUUCAUGAAGAAAUUAAAGAGAGAAAUUACAAUUAAUGGAGAAACGAGGCGACUGCAUACUGAAGAAACCACCUCAAACACCUGUAUGCAAUAAAACGAGAGGAGUGAAUACAUCUAGAAGAAAUUUUGCUGAGCAAAAUAUUUUUGCCCAGCUUUUUGUCCUAAACGGCUGCUAAAGAAGAGAGAAUAUCGUCUGCUGGUGAAGGAGUGUAAUGUAAAAAUGGAGACCCGAGCUUCUGAGAUUCAAGUAGAAAGCAAGGAAGAGAAGCGAUCAGAAGUUAGUCCUCAGGAGGAGAAGCAGGAGGGAAAAUCAUCAACACUUUGCUUCAAAAGAAGAAAGAAAUCAGCCAGAGCGAGGAAGCCCAAAGCUAGCUCUGCAGCUGGUGAUGUGGCAACAAAAUGUCCUGCAGAAGCAGGAGCUCCUGAUCAACCACAGCCCCCAGGGGGGACCUGGGCCUCAAUCAAACGCCUUGUAACACGCAGGAAAAGGUCUGAUUCUUCAAAGCAGCAGAAGCCCCGUGAGGCCAAAGUACAACCUGAAAUCAAUACUGAGGAUGCUGCUCUUCCUAAAAAAAAGGCAAAAUCCAGACUUAAGAUUCCCUGCAUAAAAUUCUCAAAAGGGGAAAAAAGAAGUAAUCAUUCCAAAAUUAUAGAAGAUGCAGACUGCAGCAUCAAAGUUCAGGAAGAGGCUGAAAGAUUGGAUACAAAAGCUCCAACCCAAUCAGAUGACCAGGCAACAAAGACCCCGUUGACACAGGACGUAUGUGGAGAUGCCUCACAGAAAGGAGGUGAUGAGGUCUGUGAAUCCGAAGUGAGCAACAGCAGAACUUCUCCUGGAGAGGAGGUGAUUUCGGUAGAACUUGGGUUAGAUACAGGGCACUUGGCUAUUCAAACAGGAACUCUGAUCCCUGAAAAAGAUACUGAAACGACUGAGGAAAAAGAAAGUAUCCCGUCCCAGCAAACAAGCCCACCUGAAACUUCAGAAACAGAACAUCAGCUACCGGUGGUUUCUGAGGCUCCCCCCUCACCUGCAAUCCCAGAGCAACAAACUGUGGAAGAAGACAGAAACGGUACCCUAGAAAGUGGACCAAACUGGAAAGACCAUGAAAGUGGAGAGAUUGUAGCUGAAGAGAUGGAGCCAAAAGAUACUGAACUGAGCCAGGAAUCAGAUGUUAAAGAAAUGGAGAUCAGUGCAGAGAAACCCAAAACAGAAGAAAGUAAAAGAAUGGAGCCAAUUGCUAUUAUUAUUACAGACACUGAAAUUAGUGAAUUUGAUGUUAAGAAAUCUAAAAAUGUCCCUAAGCAAUUCUUAAUUUCAAUUGAAAAUGAGGAAGUAGGGGAUUUUGCUGAGUGUGGUUUUGAGGGUAGAACUUCAGAACAAUAUGAAACACUCUUAAUAGAAACCGCUUCUUCUCUUGUCAAGAACGCCAUCCAGUUGUCUAUAGAACAGCUGGUUAAUGAAAUGGCCUCCGAUGACAAUAAGAUAAACAAUCUUCUACAGUGACUCAAUUUCCAAAUCAUGGGAGGGGGAAAAAAGGUUUAAUGAUGAAUUGUUUUACAUAUCUGUGGCAUUUCUUAUUUAGUAACAAAUGAGAGGUUUUCAUCUCUGGAAUUUAAAGGUGUAAUCUCAGCCCAGAAGCGCUGAAGAAUUAAUCAAGUUUAUAAAACCCUGCCUACCACUAAAAUGCAGUCACUUUUGGAUGGAGAAGGUCAGUACAUUUGCAAGGCCAAGUGAGUUGCUAAAUACAGGGAAUUGCUAAAAUGGCAUGUGGGGAUAGGGGUGCCUGAGGGAAGGAAGAUGUGUUUACUGAGCACUUACAAAAUGCCAUAGUCUCUUAAAUGUCCUUUGACGUCACAAAGCCUCGUUUCCUUUUGCUAAUUCAACUCUGUGUAUAGGUUAACACUGCAUUCUGCUUUCAAAAACAUUUGAGUUACAGUGCACAUUUAUGUUGUUUAAAGUGGUAAAUAAGGUGAGCUUUUUGGUGUGAAUGUGUGCAGAAUAUGUCUAGUUGAAUUAAACAUGAGUGGUUUUUUAGUCUUGCUCAAGGCCUUUUAAAAAAAAGCUGUUCACAAAUGACUUCAAACGGGCAAAUAAUUACCAAGUGCAAAGCUGUAGGAACAGGGAGUACGUUUUUGUUCUCCAUCUUCUGCCCCAAACAGACUUGUACAAAUCCAUUUCUGCAUGGGACCAUCUGAUGAAAAGAUAAAAACAAAACAACAGCAAAACAAGAAGAGUGGAAUAUUAUUUUCCACCCAGGAGAAGGCCAACUUCCCAGGUAACAAGCUCUCACGGACAGCAUGGAUUCGUGUUGCAGGAUUACUCCUUUGAAGUCCAUACUCAGCAACUCUCCUUGGAGUGGGGAGAGUGGGUUUGGAGCCAGCCUGGCAGUAAAAGUCCUGGGGAAUCAUCAUAAUGUAGUAAAAAUAUUGAAAUAUUUGGUGACAUUGAAAUGAUCUGGUAACAUUCUUGGUCAAGAAUGAACCAAGCGAAUAGAAAGUAAAGUUACUGCUUAAGCACAUUAUUUUAAAUGCCAGAGUUCUCUCAUUGUGCCUAUGUAUUGAGAGACACCAGUAAAAAAAUUUUACAUGGAUAUUGAAAUUUUUUCACCAGUUUUUUAAUUCAUUAUAGCUAAUCCCUUACCAACAACAACAAAACUUACAAGAAAGAGAAGGGCUUAUUUGCAUUUUAUUUAAUUAUUUAAAUCAUUGAUCUCAUGAAUGAAUGCCAUGGUUUUUUUUUUAAGUGAUUCUAUUUCAAUCUUUUCUUGUGGCCACAGUACUGUAAAUAUACUUCCUUACCUCCCGGGAGGGGCUUCACACUGUGCAGUCCCAUACUGUCUAAACUGAGUGACGGUGUUACUCUGAAAGCAGAUAAAUAAUGAAGAGCUUUUACUGGAGUUGUGAAGUAUUUGGUAAGAAUAUUGGUCCAUUCUUAAAGAAAAGACUGUAACAUUAGAUGACUUGAAAUGAUCUGGUGACAUCUUGAAUUAUUUAUGGAUUGCAUAUAGAAAGUAUGUGCUAAUUUGUCCUAUAACAUCUUGGUUUCUUUCUGGAAGUACAUACUUGAGAGCUCUGGCAGAAAAAUCUAAUCUGACUCUGGAACUGAACAAUGGAUAUUAUCAGCAAGAUUCUUUGCUGAAGUGCAAAAGUACUCCCCUACCUUCAUGCUUAUAAACUUGGGGGGGGGGCCCACCCAAAUCCUUCAAUUUGGCAAGAUAAAAAGCAAAUCUUUCAAAACACAUGACCUCCCCUCCCCCAGUUUUUUUACUUGUAUAACUUUAAACAUUAAAAAAAAAAAAAGACUGCCGAGUCAGCCUCCCUAAUAAUAAUCUUUUAAAUUCACUACAUGGUGCUAAUGAACUUGGAUAAGUACCAGCAAAUAUAUAUUUUAAAGUGAACAAUUUUAAAAACCUGAUUAAAGUUGGUGCAUUUUACAUUGUUUGAAGAACCCUGCCUUCAUUUACUGAAGGCUCAAGCCAAUAUACUCACAUUGUAAGUUUUUAAUCUCAUGAAUGAGCAAAAAGUACAGCACUUACCAGUUAUUGAAAAUAUGUUGAAAGGUUUAGGCAUAUUUAUUUGGGAGUUUUAAAGACAGAUACUAGGUUAAUAUGUGUAAUUAAUUUUUUUUUGUUAAGAAAGUAACAUUUUAUCUAGUCCUGUGUCUCUACAUACACACCCACCACACACUGUGGUUUGAUAUAUAUUUUUGAUUAGAAUGUAUGAUACGUAGUGGAUUGUUUUUGUGAUGAGAAUACUCUACUUGCAUUCAUUCUUAAGUGGUUUCUCCUCAAUCUUUUCUACUAAAAGUAUCUGGUGAAUUAAGUAAGUAGGAUUCUAGUUUGAAAAAAGAAUCCAGACAUUAAUUGGUUUCAAUCUGAUUAGGUAUAUCUUCCAUGUGGAUUAAAUCCUACUACAGUGAAUUCUAUAAUGACCCAAAUUGUUUUGUUUUUAUAGAAAUAACUAAGAAUCGGACAACUUACAAAUGACUCUUAAGAUUUUUUAUUAUAAUGGAACUUUAAACAAUUUGAUUUUAUAUGUAAGACAUUAAAUGAAUAUAAAUAGGUUCUUAUUGAAUUCACAACCCUUUGACAAUAUUAAAUUGAUCAUUUAGAAGGCAAUUGAAUAAUGGAACAUUAAUUUUCAUUUAAAUUUGCUGUGGUGUAAACAUUGCGUUUAGUAAAAAUUAAUUAGUGGGGAAUCAGUUUCUCUUCGAACCCAGAAGUUUACAAGGCUGGUUGGUUUAUCAGACAUUUGGUCAGUUUUUCAGCAUAUUGUCUUCCCCUUUUGAGAAUCAAGUAUUAUUCACUUUGCUUUAUUCACUCAACCCAGAGAAUAUGAAAAUCCUCCUCUAUUUUAUGUAACAUUAUUCACUUAACAUUUUCUCAAAGUACUUUAUAGGAUAUAAAAAUAGUACCUGGUAACAUUUAGGCAAAAGUAGCAGAAACAAAAGAACUUUCAAACAGAAGUUAUGCCACCUCCUCCACUUCAAACAAUACGAUAAUAAGCAUGUGGCACAAAUGGAGCUCUUCAGAAAGAUCUGUCUGCAUAAUUUUCUUUCAAGGUAAUCUAUUUGACAAUACAAAAUCUGUGAUGAUCUUAAUUGGACUACUAUUCAAUGGAGUCUUAGGAACUCUGAUUUAUGGCCAAGAGAUGGUGUUUCUUUGUAAGUACGCGUGAGCAGCCUUCCUGCUGAAGGCUUUUACAGAUAAGGGUCAUAAGAUGGCAUGCAAUCCUGAGUUAGCUUCAUAAAUGUAUAACUUCAAGUUGCCUUAUUUUUUUAUAAUUAAGAGCUAUUUUUUUCAGGAUUGGUAAUGGAAUUUUAAAAAUAAUUGUUAAGCUUUCAAACCCCAUUGUUUGAAAAGAUCCUUUUAAUGUCAACUUGAUUCAAUUAGGUAAAGUCUUUCUAAUUUCAUCUGACACUUAAUACAUCAGGGGUUGACUUUUCUGACCGUCAUUUAAGGUUUAGAAUUUGUUAGGUUCAAAUUCUGGUGAUGUUUAAUUGUAUAACAUGAAGUUUCUUAUUUUACAGAAUUCAAACUUUCAAUGUAUAGUACAUUUUGUGGUACACUUUUGAAAAGAAUUUUUGUUAUGAUCCCUAUUUAGUUAUAAACACUUAACAGAAGGAAGCUACAUAAAAUUUAGAUGUUCUGAUUAAAUUCAGUUUGAUUCAACAUGUGUUGGGUGUAACAUAUGCCAAACACUCUGAUACGGGGGACAGGCUCCCUGCCCUCCGAGAUCUCAACCAAGGGAGUGGCACCGCCGGGCCCCGGGACAGGGGUGAAGGCAGAGAGAGCCAUGGGUAAUGUGGCAUCGCAAGCGCUAUGAAGGGGACAAUAAGGAAAAAACAGUUUUAUCUGGUAUGGGGAGGUGGUCAUACAAAUACAGUUGCAGUCCGAAAGCAUUCAGUUUCUAAAUAGUUAAAUGGUAUAUUCUUUCUGGUUUGUGAAGAAAAACAGCCUGCAUACUGUUAUAUAUAUUUAUAGUAGUUCUUUGUGCAGUGUUAAGUGGAUGAGCUGUUAUGAAAAGUAAAAAUUCCAUUUUGUAUUUCUAUGUCACUGUGGGUCAGAUGCUAAUAAUAUUCAAGACAAACUCUAGAAAAAAGGCUUCAACCUGAACAGAUGUAUUGACUAUUAAUACAGACUUAAUGU